AUGGCGGCUUCUUCAGGGACGCGCUCCGUGCGCCUGCUGCUGCUCUCCCUGCUCGGGUUCUGCGUCGCGCUGAGCCACCAGGAGUCGUCGUCGUCGUCCACGGACUCGUGCGCCACGGCCAAGGUCGCCGUCGCUAGCCUCGUGCCCUUCGACUCCACGUCCUUCCGCUGCACCGCCGCCUGGAAGCAGCAGGACUUCGUCCUCAGGUACAAGAACACGGGGCCCAGCGAGUGGAGCUUCAUCCUCUCGGCGCCGGACAAGGGCUCGUACGUGGCGGUCGGCUUUUCCGGCAAGGGCGCCAUGGUCGGGAGCAGCGCCGUCGUCGGGUGGGCGUCCAACGGCAAGGGCACCGUCAAGCAGUACUACCUCGGCGGGAAGAGCCCCGAGGACUGCGCCCCGAACAGGGGCCUCCUCAAGCUCGUCAAGAACAGGUCCGUCGUCGUCUCCCGCUCCGGCCGCCUCUACCUCGCCUUCCAGCUCAGCACCGACUACCCGCAGCCGUACCUGAUCUUCGCCGUCGGGCCGGACGGCAACCUGCCGCAGUCCGACUCCCUGCGGCUGCCGAUGCACCAGAACAUGGCCUCCCGCUCCUUCAACUACACCUCCGGGAUGUCUUACAACACCGCCGGCUCGUCCGGCGACCAGGCGGCGUUCCCGACGGAGCGGAAGCACGGGCUGCUGGGCAUGAUGGGGUGGGGCGUGCUGAUGCCCAUCGGCAUGAUCACCGCGCGCUACUUCCGGCAGCUGGACCCGUGCUGGUUCUACACCCACAUGGCCAUCCAGGUGUCCGGCUACGCCGUCGGCAUCGCGGGCAUCGUCCUCGGCUUCCGCCUCAACGAGGACGGGCUCAAGAACGUGGACGUGCACAAGGCGCUCGGCAUCGCCAUCUUGGCCAUGGCGUCUCUUCAGGUGCUGGCGAUCCUGGCGCGGCCGGACAAGACGUCCAAGGUGCGGCGGUUCUGGAACUGGUACCACCACAACAUCGGCCGCGCGACGAUCCUGCUGGCCAUCGGCAACAUCUUCCUGGGCCUCUCCAUCGCGCAGGAGAUCAGCGCCUACAUCGUCUCCUACGGCGUGUUCGUCGCCGUGUGGGUGGUCGCCGUCGCCGCCUUCGAGAUGAAGCGGUGCUACGCCGACGACGACUGA